AUGCAUUUAGUAGUGAUCAAGAACAAAAUUGUCGACCAGUAUCCCUUCGUCGUGACACCUAUGUUCAAUGCUCUGAACGAUUCCAAAGACCUGGCUUUGCGCCGCAUGCAGUCUGCGGGAACACAUCGAUAUAUGUUGCCAUUCUUGCCCUCACAGCUGGAGGAAAUCGAUGGUAUCUUCGGCGGUGAUCCAUGGCCAUAUGGCCUUGAGGUGAAUCGGAAACCGUUGGAAGCUUUAGUAACUUACCUUGAAGAUCAAACUGUGAUUCCCCACAAGGUUCCGCUAGAACAAUUAUUCGCACUUAUCUAUGGGAAGAACCUCAAGAGGUAA